CGUUGCCGUUUCCGAUUACAAAAUAAAGCCCUAAUUUCCAAAUUCCCUCUUUUCCCCUUUCCCUCGACCAAAAACCUCAAACACGAAAACCUCUUCUCGUUGAAAGAGAGAGUGAGAAAAAGAGGGAGACAUCACAGUUUGCCUCUGGAAAGUUCGCGAUUUCCUCGUCGUCUCCUCUCUCGCUUACAGUUCUUGGUGGACACCUGAUUGGUAAUAUGGGUGACAGUGAGACCGUGAUGGAACAAACACCUUACAGCAAUGCGAGUGUAACCGCUGCUUCUGAUGCUGGUGGGUCUGCUGCUCAGGCCACUAAUACGGUUGGUCCUGUUUCUGCCACUGUAUCUAGUACAGGAGUGGUAGUUUCUUCUGAUGGAAGUAUGAAUACAGAUGAUUCGGCGGCUCAUGGUUCUGAUAUUGGUGCUGGAAAUGCCUACGGCACAGCAGUAAAUUCCGUCCAGCAUGAAAACCCUAUUGUAAUGGCAUAUGAUGCUAAUGAAAAUCCUGCUGGUCCUGCAAACUCUUCUCUGGAUUCAGCUCAAGUUGCUGGUUAUGAUUCUUCAUUGAAUGGUAAUGGUGUUAGUGAAGCAGGGGCCGGAGCAACAGCUGGUAUUAGUGAAAAUGGGGUCACUCCAGCUGAUGGUAUUGGAUCUGGUCUGCAUCAACCUGUGGAUGGAUCUGGCCUUAGCGCAGAAGAAGAAAGAUUGUGGAGUAUAGUGACGGCUAAUUCUUUGGAUUUCAAUGCCUGGACUGCAUUAAUUGAAGAAACAGAGAGAAUGUCAGAGGGUAACAUUUCAAAAAUUCAAAAAGUCUAUGAUACCUUUUUAGCCGAAUUUCCUCUAUGCUAUGGUUACUGGAAGAAGUAUGCUGAUCAUGAGGCGCGCCUCAGCUCAGUGGAUAAAGUUGCAGAGGUUUAUGAACGAGCUGUUCAAGGAGUUACCUACUCUGUGGACAUGUGGUUGCAUUAUUGUGUUUUUGCUAUUGGAACAUAUGGAGAUCCUGACACCAUCAGAAGGUUAUUUGAAAGAGCAUUAGCGUAUGUUGGGACUGAUUACUUAUGCUUUCCACUUUGGGACAAAUACAUUGAGUAUGAAAUUUCGCAACAAGAUUGGCCUCGUGUUGCCACAAUUUACACAAGGGUAUUGGAAAUUCCAAAUCAGCAGCUGGAUCGUUAUUUCGAAGGAUUUAAAGAAUUGGUUGCUAGUAGGCCUCUGUCUGAGUUGCGAACAGCUGAAGAAGCUGCUGUUGCAGCUGGUGCAAAUACUGAAGCUGCUGGUCAAGAAAAUGAGGGAGAGGUUCCUCCUACUGGUCCGGAACAAUCUUCUAAGGCUGUAAGUGCAAGCUUAAAAGAUGCUGAGGAGUUGGAGAAGUAUAUCGCCAUUAGAGAAGAGAUAUAUAAGAAAGCUAAAGACUUCGAUUCUAAGAUCAUUGGUUUUGAAACAGCUAUUAGGAGGCCAUACUUUCAUGUGCGGCCCCUCAAUGCUGCAGAACUUGAAAAUUGGCAUAACUAUCUUGAUUUUAUUGAAGGUGGUGGUGACUUCAAUAAGGUUGUUAACGUCUAUGAAAGAUGUCUAGUAGCUUGCGCCAAUUACCCUGAAUACUGGAUACGAUAUAUUUUGUGCAUGGAAGCUAGUGGCAGCAUGGAGCUCGCUGAAAAUGCACUUGCUAGAGCUACUCAAGUCUUUGUGAAGAGGCAACCAGAGAUCCAUCUUUUUGCUGCUCGAUUUAAGGAGCAGCAUGGUGACAUUUCUGGAGCCCGAGCUGCUUAUCAACUUGUGCACACUGGUAUUUCACCUGGUCUUCUCGAAGCAAUCAUCAAGCAUGCGAACAUGGAAAACCGACUUGGAAACCUGGAUGAUGCAUGUUCCUUAUAUGAGCAGGCAAUUUCAAUUGAAAAAGGAAAGGAGCAGUCACAGACUUUGCCUUUGUUGUUCGCUCAAUACUCACGUUUUGUGUUCUUGGUUUCUGGCAAUGCUGAUAAGGCAAGGGAGAUUCUUGUUCAAGGUGCGGAGAGUGCGCAAAUGUCAAAGCCCCUAUUGGAGGCAAUGAUCCACUUAGAGUCAAUUCAGUCGCUUCCGAAGCAAAUAGAAUAUUUAGAUUCCUUGGUUGAAAAAUUCAUCGUUCCUAAUCCCGAAAACCCUAGUAUCGCAAGUGUUGAAGAAAGAGAGGAACUAUCAAGCAUUUUCUUGGAGUUCUUGGAUCUCUUUGGAAAUGCACAAUCCAUAAAAAAGGCUGAUGAUCGACAUGCAAAACUGUUCUUGCACCACAAAAGCACAGCAGAGUCAAGGAAGCGUCAUUCAGAGGAUUAUUUAGUCUCAGACAGAACGAAACUUGCAAAAUCACUUAGUUCAACAUCUGCUCCUUCGGUGAUGGGUGCAUAUCCCAGUACUCAAAAUCAGUGGGCGGCAGGUUAUGGUGUACAACCUCAAGCUUGGCCUCAGGCCUCGCAGGCUCAGGCACAACAAUGGACCCCAGGCUAUGCACAACAGGCUGCAUAUGGUGCAUAUGGUAGUUAUGGAACGGGUUACACUCAUCCACAAGUACCCACAUCUGUGCCCCAAACUGCUGCUGCAUAUGGAACUUAUCCUCCGACUUAUCCAGCACAGGCUUUUCCCCAGCAGGCGUAUGCACAGCCAACAGCAGCUGCAACUUUGACCCCAGCCCAGCAGCCUGCUGCAGCUCCUCCUGCUACAUAUUACUCCAGUUACUACUGAGAGGGAGAAGGCUAAUUGCAAUCAGUUUUGCUGUCUGUACUCUGAUCUGUAGGUCGGCUGUAUGAUAUAGACCAAUACCAUGAGUUUUUAUGUGCAUGGAAGUGGUUCACGUUGUUCGGGAUAGUAGGCAGGAUGGUAGAUGUAGUGUUGUGGUCUACAUUUUAACAAGCCCCCAUUGUAUUUUUCCGAAUCAUUUUGUUCCCAAAUUAUUUUUCUUACUGUUUCUUAUCAAGGAUAGAUGGCUUAUAGAAGA